GUAUUUUGAAAUAGAAACAAAGUUGUUCUCACCAGCACUUUAAAACCUGCAGCCCCUAUGAAGCCAUGCUGUGCACGGUAAACACACUGCCUGCUGCUAUGUGGAAGAGAGGAGCAUCUUUACCAUAGAGAUACGAGCACCCUGGGAAAAAGUCCCACACCCCAGUAAAAUGCUUCCAGAGAGCACCACAGAGGACCUCAUGCUACAGCAGCAGAGCGGCGCAGUUGGCAGACACCAACCAAUCCCUAGACAAACAGGAUGUGAAUUUUUUAUCAUUCUGUCAUCAGUAAUAGCAGCCAUAAGCGGACUACUUGUGGGCUAUGAAUUAGGAAUUAUUUCGGGGGCUCUUCUUCAGCUACAUACCUUAUUAGAACUUACAUGUCAACAGCAGGAAAUAGUAGUGAGCGCACUACUCAUCGGAGCACUUUUUGCCUCGCUUGUUGGAGGAUUUCUUAUAGACUAUUAUGGAAGGAGAAUCACAAUCAUGGUUACCUCUUGUGUACUUGUUCUUGCCAAUCUGCUAUUGAUCGCCAUUGCCUCCUAUGAAAGCCUUAUUGCAGGUCGCAUUAUCAUUGGCAUUUCCAUAUCCUUAUCUGCUAUUGCAACCUGUGUCUACAUUGCAGAGAUUGCACCUCAGCAUAAGAGAGGAAUGCUGGUGUCUCUAAAUGAACUAAUGAUAGUUGUUGGCAUUCUACUGGCCUAUAUUUCCAACUAUGUGUUUGCAACAGUUGCCAAUGGCUGGCAGUAUAUGUUUGGACUCAUUAUUCCUUUAGCUGCUUUACAAGCCAUUGCUAUGUAUUUUCUUCCACCAAGUCCUCGUUUUCUGAUCAUGAAGGGAAACGAUGAGGCUGCAGGAAAAGUUCUCCAAAAACUAAGGGCAACUUCAAAGACCAAUGAAGAACUCACAACCAUCAGGUCUUCUAUUAAAGCUGAAUACCAAUAUAACUUUUGGGACUUAUUUUGUUCAAGGGACAACAUGAGAGCUCGACUGUUAAUAGGUUUAGGACUAAGUUUCUUUGUGCAAAUUACUGGACAACCAAAUAUUUUGUUUUACGCCUCUACGGUAUUAAAGUCAGUUGGCUAUGAAAGCAAUGAAGCUGCUAGUCUUGCUUCUACAGGAAUUGGAGUUGUUAAAGUGGUCAGUACAAUUCCUGCUACAUUCUUUGUAGAUCGUGUAGGAAGUAAAACUUUUCUUUGUAUUGGGUCAGCUGUUAUGGCUGCAUCGUUGGUCACAAUGGGAAUAAUAAGCCUCAACAUUGAUGUUAAUUUUAAUACCAUUUGUAAAACCAAUUCUCAACUUAACCAGUCAUUAUUGGACUCCAAUUUUUAUAAGCUGGAGACAAUAUCCAAAAGUAAUGAGUCUCUUUGGAAAGAGCUCCACCAGUUAUCACCUUUGCUAAAUGUUUCAAGAAAUGAGACAAAACUGGAAUAUUUGACUACUAUGAUGGCUCCAAGCUUAUCUAAAAGACCACAGAUGACUCAAGAAAAAAAUGUUCCGGUAUUUAUGAAAUGGUUGUAUUUGGCCAGCCUUCUGUCUUAUGUAGCAGCUUUUUCCAUUGGCUUGGGACCAAUGGCUUGGCUUGUGCAAAGUGAAAUAUUUCCUGCUGGGAUAAAAGGCCGGGCCUUCGCAAUAACAAGUAGCAUGAACUGGGGCAUGAAUCUGCUCAUUUCGUUGACAUUUCUUACACUAACUGAGACACUUGGCCUUCCAUGGAUGAUUUUUAGUUACGCUGUUAUGAGCAUGGCGUCUCUGCUGUUCGUUCUUAUGUUUGUUCCAAAUACAAAGGGAAGGCCAUUGGAGGAGAUUUCAAUGGAAUUAGCAAGCAGGAGUUACGUGUUCCAUUCGUUCUGCUCCAGGAGUAGAAGUAGACAGAAGUUGGUGCCAAUGGAACUUUCUCAGAACACUGCUUAGAGGUCGUUUCUGGGGGAUAAAUGAGAAGAUGGCGCUCUGGGUCGGAUGUAACCCCCUGAAGCAUCUGCAGUGAAUGUCUUUAUUUCAUACAUUGUACUGUUAGAAAUGACAAUGACCUAAACCACAAUUAUAAAUUAUAGUGUUUGUUAUCACUUGGCUUGCAAUUCCUUAUGUAAAUACUACAUAGGUCAUUCUGAAAGACAAAAUGCAAUGUUUCUUAACAACCAA